AUGGCGUCUUUUAAUGUUUCUGUUCCUAAUAGCUCCCCUUUAAUUUAUUACACAGCGGCAUGGCUAGAUACUCCAGUCGGCGAUGCGUACGCUGCGAAUUACACCGGAAGAGAUUUUCACGCGACCAGUAUAUCCGGUGCGACGGCAACAUUCAAGUUCAAUGGCACGGGUGUCUGGUUCUACGGUGCUCUCAGACCCGGCUAUGGAAACUAUUCUCUGAGUGUUGACGGCAACACUGUCUUCAAUGGAAGUGCCGCUGCGUCCAGCGCUGUCUUUGACCAAUUCCUCGGCGGUUCUUCCCAGCUUGGCAUGGGAGAACAUACAGCGGUAUUAACGAAUACUGGGGGAGGAUGCGUCGACCUGGACUCUCUGGUGUUUGAGACUCACGUUGGUGCUGAAGACCAACAAGUCGCUAGCCAGACUGUUGAUGACACCAACCCGGCGAUAACCUAUCUUCCGUCUCCGUCGGAGUGGUCUGUGGCGAGUAAUCCCUUCUUCUCCAACGGCAGUGUGCACUUCACAAAUCUCGAUGGCGCUGAUGUAGCUCUUUCGUUCUCUGGGGACGCUAUCGCGCUCUAUGGUGGCGUUUCUUUCGACCAUGGAGACUACACGGUCACCUUGGAUGGACAGAAACAAACACUGAACGGUGCUAACGGCCAGGCCAGGAUUUACCACUCUAAGAGUCUUCUCUUUUUCUCCACAGGCUUCGGCUCUGGCACGCAUAGCCUUGGGGUUUCAACCGGCAACGGCUUCUUCGAUUUGGAUGCGGUGGUGAUAUACCAGGCUACUGGUGGGAAAUCGGGUUCAUAUUCCACCGGUGGCACGGCGAUGGCGAAUCCGGACGACCUACAUGUUGACGUGUCCGAUAGCAACAAUGUCUCACCACGGGGUGCUGCCGCUCACAAUCAGCCAAUGUCAAAGACUGGCAUCGCUGGCAUCGUCACAGCUAGCCUGCUUGGAUUCAUUUCUAUCCUCGCCCUCUUGAUCUUCCUCGUGUCGCGAUACCGCAAGCGCCGUGCCAUGAAAGAGCAGCGAGACGGCCAGUCGCCAGUCCUGCCAAUCCAAGAGCCCGACUUGGAAGCGGGUAUCAACGCUUAUGACGAGAAGAAGCCCGACAACAACUUGAAGCGAAGCACGAGCCAAUCCACUGCCAAGUCCUUUGCGUCGAGGUGGUCCCAACUGUCUUUCGCCGCUGGUGCCCCACCUGCAGAAGACAGGGUUUCUGAGAUUCCACCCGUACCAGCGAUGCGCAUCGGUCUCCCUGCGAACCCGAAGCUGAAUAUGUCUGCACCGCAGCACAAGCGGUCGGAGUCGUCGCUGAGCGAUGGUACGAUUCUGCACUCACCAGACGGUGAUAGCGUGUUAGACGACUACUACUACCGUCACUCAACUGGCAGCCAGAACAGCGUCGCUCCACUCCGCCCAGCACGCCCACCGGGGCUGAAUUUGGAAGACUUGGGUCCCGGUUUUGAUCAUGUGCCUCUCUGAUGCUUCGACGACGUAUUGUUGCCGUGUAGUGUGUUUGACACGAUACAUUAUCCCUCCCCCACUGUAGCCAAGCUAAUGAUAAUAAUGCGUGACGGUACCUUGUCAUUGUCACGCCUGCCCUUCCUUGUCCU